UUUAACAGAUUUCACCUUUCCUCUCAACCAGCAUGAACCAAAGCUGGGACUUUAAUGAAAAGUGAGCUUUCCUGUGAGUGUUCGAAUACUUUGAGCACUUGAGGGUAUUUCUCUUUUUAAAAAGCAGUCAGUUCGACGUAUUUCCGGUUUGUUUCCCCGCUCGUUUAAUGUCUCCACGCGUUCCAAACCAGGGGACACGUUAGCAUUAGCAUUAGCACCUGAGCCCCAGCACAAUGUCAACAGCCCCGCAGGACCCGACAGGAGGAGGAGCCGCCCCCGGCCCCCCCGCGUCCCAGCCCGGCGGGAGGUUCCGGAGCUGCUGGAGCUGCCGGCUCGUCUCCGGGGGGGGGCUGAUCCUGGCCGGAGCCUACGUGUUCAUGGCGGCCCGGAGCGUGAUGCGCCGAGGCGGACCCACCUCCAUGGGAACCGUGGCGCAGAUCACCUUUGCUGCAAGUCUGGCUUCGUGGGGCAUCGUCAUCAUCGCUGACCCGGUUGGAAAAUCGCAGAGAAAGGACGCGGGGACUCCGAGUGCAUAGAUCAAAGUAUUCACCCACAGAGACUGACAGGACGAUCAUGUGACACCGAGACAAAUAAGACACUGCUUCCGACGACUUGCUUUUUGUUCCAAGAGCAUCCAGCAGGUUUGGAGUUCAUCAGCUGCCUACAUUAAAAUGGGAAGAUGUCACGUAUUUGACUAAAAUAUUGUUUUGAAAGACUUUGUCGUCAGUGAAAUGUUUUGCACGUGACUAAUGAAAGUGUGGCAGCUGUGCACCAGUGAUGGUUUGACGUGGAUGCACUUUCCACAUCCAGCACUUUGGUUUACCGUCACUGAUGGCCCCUCUGUAUCAUUAAAGCAACUCUAUGUAGCUGUUACAGAGAAACAGCGCCCCCUGCAGCCACACAUGGUGAAUAGUUAUGUUCUAUUAGGGCUGUCUCUACAGUGCCUAAGCCAGGGGUGCCCACAGGGCCUGCCCUGGCAAUGUUGGCGCCCUAGGCGGGAUUUCAUAAUGGCGCCCCCCUUACAUACACACGCAAAUUGUCAUGCAUCCCCAAUAACUUUUGGACUGUAUACAGAUGCACACACAGGCAGACAAAAUUGUAAAAUAUAAAAAAUAAAAAAAAUAUAUAAUAAAAAUAUAAAAAGUCUGAAAUCAGCUGUACUGACAGCAUAUUAUGUCAUGUCGACAAAAAUAAACAUAAAUGAUGUCCACAA